GUUUGUGCGGCGAUCUGCGUGGCGAUCUUUUCCCUCGGCGGCUGCUUGCUGCUCUUCUUCGGCUCUUCCUCCCGUCCCCUCCCUUCAACUCCGCCUGGGCCGCGGCAAGUUUCCCCGUCCCAACCAGCCGGGCCAGUUCUGCCACCCCCACCGCCUGCCAGACAUGACACAAGAAUACGACAACAAAAGGCCUGUCUUGGUUCUUCAGAAUGAAACCCUCUAUUCCCAAAGGCGACCAUACACUAGUGAGGAUGAAGCCUGGAAGUCCUUUCUUGAAAACCCCCUUACAGCAGCUACCAAAGCUAUGAUGAGCAUCAACGGGGACGAGGACAGCGCAGCGGCAUUGGGCCUCUUGUACGACUACUACAAGGUUCCCCGGGAAAGGAAAGCUUCUACGGUGAAACCAGAUGUAGACCACUCUGAUCAAGAUCAUGGGAAAAGGAACAGUAUGCCCAACCUGAUGGAACAGUCACUUAUUUCUGCUGGGGAGAACAGAGUUCAGGUCUUGAAGAACAUGCCUUUGAAUAUUGUCCUUCCGCACAGUUCCCAAAUGGGCAUGGACAAGAGGGGCCAUCUGACAACGCCAGAUACUACAGUCACCGUCUCCAUUGCAUCCAUGCCCACCCAUUCAAUCAAGACAGAAACUCAGCCGCACAAUUUUACCGUGGGCAUGCCUCCAAACGUCUAUCACCCGGAAGCGCCGGAGAGGGUGGUGGCUUUAGACCGGAGCCUCAACACUGACCAAUUCAGCACCAACAGCCAGCCUCAAAAUUCCCAGCGACGUACUCCUGAUUCCACCUUCUCCGAGUCUUUCAAAGAAGAUGUGCCAGAGGUUUUUUUCCCUUCCGAACUGAAUCUUCGGAUGGCCAAUGUCAAUUCUGAAGACUAUGUCUUUGAAAGCAUUACUGG